AUGGUGUCUCCAGAAUUUCAGCCAGAUGGCUCGAGGACACUAGAAAAGCUCCAGGGGUUUUGCCAGCCUUUGUUCGCUGGAGAAACGGUCACGGGAGAAUGGUGGCACUACAAUGCAGAGGGGACGCUCUUUCCAGUUCUUGUGAAAGUUCAGAAUGUCGUUUCUAAUGGGAAAAACUAUAUGGUCUGCGUAUGGCAUGACCUGACUGAAAUCAAGAGACGUGAGGCUGAGUUAGAGAAAGCGAAGGAGGCUGCAGAGGCUGCUAGCCAAGCCAAGAGCCACAAGAUCGAGGCUCGUUCCAUAGCGUUGGAAUCCAUACCCUGCAGCCUCAGAGAAGCCAUUGAUGAAUCACUGUCCUCAGUUCGGGUGUUAGCACUGCAGAAGGACCUAGAGUCCCCGUCUCCUUUGGUAGAGCUGCGCUCGUUUGCAGGGCUGAGGUGUCUGGUGGUGGAGGACAAUCCGGUGAACCGAAUGGUGGUGGUGAGGCUGCUGGGCAGCCUGCAGGUCACCUGUGACGUGGCAGAGGAUGGGGUCAAGGCGGUGGAAGCAUGCCAAGCCAAGGAGUAUGACGUCAUCUUCAUGGUGAGUCUGUCAGCUGGUCUAAAUCUGGAGAGCUGGAGGUUAAAGAGGUGGGGGAGAUGGGGGCGAGGGGAAGGGGAAGGGGGGGAAUGGGGGCAAUGA